AUGGCUACACAGGAACGCAAACUUCCCCUUGGGAAGAUCGAGCCCAACUCACUCAAGUACUUCCUCAGCUGUGGCUUUGGUGGAAUCAUUGCUUGUGGACCAACCCAUACAGCCGUGACACCCCUCGAUCUCGUGAAGUGCCGUCGCCAGGUUGACCCAAAGAUCUACACUUCCAACGUACAAGCAUGGCGGACAAUUUUCUCCAAAGAAGGCCUGCGCGGCGUCUUCUUCGGCUGGUCCCCCACCUUCCUGGGCUACUCUUUCCAGGGUGCCGGAAAGUACGGUCUGUACGAGUACUUCAAGCACUUGUACGGAAACCAGUUGUUCCCGGAGUCCAAUCGCACCCUGGUCUUCCUCGGUGCUAGUGCCUCUGCUGAGUUCUUUGCUGAUAUGGCCCUGUGUCCCAUGGAGGCUAUCAAGGUCCGCAUGCAGACCACCCUGCCGCCAUACGCUUCCACUAUGCGCGAGGGCUGGGGCAAGAUCGUUGCCAAGGAGGGCUUUGGUGGUUUGUACAAGGGAUUGUACCCUCUGUGGGCCAGACAGAUCCCUUAUACCAUGACCAAGUUUGCCACCUUUGAGGAGACCGUCAAGAUCAUCUACCGCACUAUGGGUAAACCCAAGGAGGAGUACGGUCAAUUGACACAGACUGGUGUCAGCUUCUUGGGUGGUUACAUUGCUGGAAUUUUCUGUGCUAUUGUUAGCCACCCGGCAGAUGUCAUGGUCAGCAAAUUAAAUGCUGAUCGUAAAGCCGGUGAAGGUGCGGUGACGGCUGUAUCCCGGAUCUACGGGAACAUUGGCUUCUCUGGCCUAUGGAAUGGUCUUCCUGUUCGGAUUGUGAUGCUGGGCACUUUGACCGGUUUCCAAUGGCUCAUUUAUGACUCUUUCAAAGUGUUCCUUGGUCUUCCCACCACUGGAGGUCAUUAG